AUGGUCACUUUCAGCCGACUUUUGUUCUUCCUCCCUGUUCUUGGGGCGCUGGGCGUGCCCUCAGAUCCCACCACCCAGCCCGCCGUCGAGGCCAACAAGUCCUUUGAUUUCCUCCAGCACAUGGGAGAAAUCAUCUUCAACGCCACGGACGGAAACCUCGAGCGGCGCGACACCACCUUCAGCACCAGCAAAGACGGCGUGGACGCUGCCGGCUUCUACUACUCCCUGUACAACGACAACCACGCCGGCGCCGGCUACACUGAGGACCCCAACAGCGGCCACUUCAAACUCGGUUGGAACCUGCCUUCCCGCAGCGAGUUCCUCGGUGGAAAGGGCUUCCGCGGUGGCAGCACCCGCACCCUCACCUGGGACGGUCACUUCUCCGCCAAGGGCGACUACACCCUCGCCAUUUACGGCUGGACCACCAACCCCGUCACCGAGUGGUACAUCGUCGAGUCGCACGGCACGGGCACCCCGGGCAACGGCCACAUCCUCGGCCAGGUGUACGCUAACGAUGGCGUCUACGAUGUCUACAUGCUCCCCUACCGUAAUGUGCCGGAGAUCUACGGUACCAAGAACUUCAACCAGCUGUGGUCCGUUCGUCGGUCCCAUCGCACCACCGGCACGGUCGACGUUACGGCGCAUUUCAACCGCUGGAAGCAGCUGGGUUUGCAGCCGGGGAAUCCGGUCUUCCAGAUGGUGACUGCGGAGGGUUUCCAGGGAAGUGGAUCUCUUGAUUUUACUCUGCAUCAUUAA